AUGUUAUAAAAUACAGGAAUUUAUUGUCAAUGUCGUUACCAAAUUAAGUUUUGCAAAGUAAAUAUCACGUUACAAACCGUGUGGGUUGUUUUACAAUAUAAUUUUCCUUAAAGUUUGACAGUUCUCAGAUAAAGAAAUAAUAAAGACAAUAUUCAGAAUCAGUAUUACUUAAAAAACUCAGUGACGAACUUUUGCAAGGAUUUUGUGUACAUUUUGUGCUAUUGCAUAUCUCAUACGUAAUCUUGUACUCCCAAAAAGGACAAAAGGGGAGUGUGUUUACGACGACGGCGACGACAAAUUGACAAGCAAUGUCAUCAACAGAACCUUGCUGUUCGUCCACUCUGAGAGAGACGAAGCAGACAAAGUCGUGUUAUCAGAGUACCAGCCCAACCGACAAUGACCUAUCUUGUUCCAUGACCUCUUCCGUCGACAUUGGGGAAAUGACGGGGAUGACGAGUGCAGAAAAGAUGGACAAACUCAUGGCCUAUGGGCGAAAACAGGAUGAAAGAGCAGACAGAAUAAAAAAAGCUCAAAGAUUUUCUCGUAGCCAUCAGCCUUCAACGAUGCCCAAACCGGGUGGACGAGACGGGGAUGGUGCUUAUCAACCCCGACCCGAUUCGCGUAACAACAACAACAAAGAAGACCUCUUGGCCGGCUGUAGUGUUCUCAGCAGUGAUGAUGCGACCAUAAUUCGCGACUCCAUAAUUCCCGAGGAUGGAGCCGAGUGUGCAAACAUAAGUGGAAUUCUCCAAUAUUGCAAACGACGGAUACUCUACCCUUAUUUCAAACUUUUGGGAGUGAUGGGCCUCAAACCGUGGAAUGCAGACUCUCAUGACGACAUGUGCGCCGUUUCACGCGUCCUUAACAAACUUUGGGUUGUCGUCGUCGUCCUGAUGCUGAUUGUUGGUUACACGCUCCAGUUUAUUACAUGCUUUCGCCGCGAUUACGGGUUUGACUACGAACCCGUUUUCCGUGGCCACCAUCUUCGUGACCCUGAACAUGUAGGAUCUUUCAACAACAACGCAUCAAACUUAAUGGAGAUCAGUGAGACCUCGAUUUUUAAUAAUGAGGAGAUUUUGGGGAAUCAUCAUGAGACGCCCAUAACACUGCCUUCUUCCUCAGUGACGACGCCAAAGCCUUUUGGGGUGGAUCCCAAUUUCACCGAUAUAGAAGAAAUAGCUCUAAAGCGAGAGCUGUUAUUUCACAGCAUUUGUACCGGAAAUUCAUUUUAUGUUCAUUUGAUACCCAGUAUUCUUCACGUCACCGCAUUCGGAUACAUGCUCUGCCUCUACUGGUUCAAUUAUGAUGAACAGCUUCAAACGUUGAUGGAGCGAGUUUUCAUCCACGCCACUCAAGCUCACUGUGUUUCCUUUUCUCAGAAGCGAGUGGUAAAGACGCUAAAGUUUUUAGUAUUUUUUGGUGCCGUCUGGCUGAUCUGUUCCGUGAGCUGCGUCGUACUCCAAGUUCUCUUUAGUGAAAUUCGAGUCAAUUUUUGGCCCUCAAUUAAAGAGAAGCAGACCAUAAUCUUGGCUUCGGUAAUGGGAUUUUCUGCCGUUUGGCAAGAUGCAGUCCAAAUCACCGUGAUCAUUAGCUACUGCAUUCACUGUCAUCUCCUCUCAAUCUUCUUGGACUUCAUCCACAACCGUAUCUCGCAACAUUCAAUCACACUCUUGGAAUGUAUCAAGGAAAUUGGAGAAAUUGACAAGCUGCUGAGAUACUUAAAUAAGGAGCUGGCCUGUGGUUUGCUACCUCUCGUCAUAUUGGACACCAUGUUCUCCAUCGGAAGCGUCACUUUUUUACUGGGACGUAAGCCAGGGGCUAAACCGUAUGCCAUACUAACGGCUUGGUGUUCCUGUGCACAGUGGGUUCUCCUAGUCAUUUUGCCACUUUGGCAGGGAGCCAAGCUGAGCAGUUCACUCAAGAAGGCUCGUGAAUUGGGACAUCUUGUUCGCAUGCGACCUUUUGGCUACCAAAACUAUGACCAGCAAGACCUCGACUCGUUUCUCCUGUUUGUGUCCACGUUGAAAAUGGAUGUCCGCGUAAUGAAACUUCCACUGACUUCGACAAACAUCUCCCUUCUCUUUUUCCUCGUCGCCAUUGCAAUUUUCAUGUGGGGAUAUUUCCAGUAAUUUUGUUAAGACACUUGGAUAUUAUACACGUGAAAUUGGUGUUGGACAUAUGUAAUUACUGGGUGUGAAUCUUCCCUUGAUAUUUAUGUUAUGAAAGUGAAAACCAUAGACUGACGGAAUGAAUGAUCUUCAUCGAACGAUUUUUUUGUAAUAAUUGCAAUAAAAAAUACUACGCAAAUGA